UUUGUCUUGGGGGAUCUACCCCUGGCAAUUUUCCAUAUCUCUUUGAUCUUGAAAUGUUCCCCGAUAUUGCAGAAUAUAUGCAUGUACUAAUGUUAUUGAUUGGAUCACGCGUUAUGUUAUUACUCGUUCUAUACGCAUACGAGGCAUCAAAGUUGAAAGAUAUCCGCUUAAACUGGAAGUUUAAAAAAAAAAAACCUGUUUAAACAUGGCGAGCGUCAAGAGCCCGGUCAAAAUUGACAAUUUUCUGCAGUUUUCUGCAAAGACUCUACAGGGGGAAAAGAUUAAUUUCACUCGGUAUGAGGGGAAGGUGAUUCUCGUGGUUAAUGUGGCUUCCCUCUGAGACACCACGAAGAGGGACUACCCGAUGAUGAACGAGCUCGCCGAAAAGUUCGCUGGCAAGCUUGUGGUUCUCGGGUUUCCCUCUAACCAAUUUGGGCACCAGGAGAACGGCAAUGGAGUAGAAAUUUUGAACACUUUGAAAUAUGUUCGACCAGGGAAUGGAUUCGAACCAAAGUUUCCGAUCUUCGAAAAGCUAGAGGUGAAUGGAGAAAACUCCCAUCCUAUCUUCAAAUUUCUCAAAGACAGACUUCCUAUGCCUUGUGAUGAUGCCACUUCUUUUAUGACUAACGCCAGUAAGAUUUUAUGGGCUCCCGUGACUAGAAACGAUAUUGCAUGGAACUUCGAAAAAUUUCUCAUCACCCCGGAUGGCAAACCGCAUCGGCGAUACAGCAGACACUACCUUAUGACUAACAUACAGAGUGAAAUUAAAAAACUUAUAGACGAGUAUAAGGUUAAAUAACUGUUUCUCCAAAUCCAUGUGUCAUUAGAUUUAUUUUACUUAUACAUACUGCAUGUCAAGGUGAAACGAGAAUUUGUAAAUGUGUAAAGGCGUGUAUCAAUGAUUAUUCUCCUAUAAAGCCCGGUUUACACGGGGUUGGAAGGAUAGGAUAUACAAGAACACCCCCUUUACCCAUGUAGAUUUUCUUGUUGCCAUGUUAAAUUUGUUUCAUACAAUUGCAAUCAUUAAACAGAUACUUUUGAAACAUUGA